CGCUGCGUACAGUGAGCGCGAGUUUGCAGAGCGGAGGCAAGAAAGUUCCGCCGGAGAGGCGACCCGCGACCCCGGCUGCUCCUGGCGCGUCACCCGCGGGCUUCCAGUGCGAACACGCGGACCGCGGACUCCGAGUGACGCGGGACUCGCGCGCUGCCUCGCGGAGGUUCUGAGCGGACUCCUGGCCGGUUCCAAUGGACUGUGGUCCGUCUCACCAGCCGGCGGGGAACUCGGACUGAAGUUGGGUCGCACGACAUGGCAGCUGAGCGCGCGUGGCUUCGCCGCUGACGUUAUGUCACGUCGCCUCGUGUGCGCGGUUUGAAACACAAUGAACUCCCCUCGUGACACGGACCUGGCGACCUUCUCUCGGAACCGCCGUCUCAUGGCCGCGGCUAUGCCCGGUGAGGACAGCCCGUCGCCCGGCAACCCUCCCAGGACCGACCGGAACGGACUCGGGGGACUCGUUCAUUGUUUCAUAUGCGGCGGCGGAGUUACACCGGGGAAGGAAUUACGGCUGCAAGUGACGUACCAAAAGGAGAGGGUUUCCUUUUUCCCCUUUCUGCAGAACCAGGAGCCGGCCCCGGGUGCGUGUGAAGUGAGCCCGGACGGCGACGCGCUGGUGUGCGCCGUGUGCCACUGUUUCCUGACGGAGCAGUGGAACUCCUUCGAGCGGAGCAGGACGCCCAUCGAGAAGCGCAUGUACUGGCUGAAGAGACCCUACCAGUGCGACUCCCGGCGGGUCCCGCAGGAGUGGAACCUCUCGUAUGACCUGGAGAGGAGGAUCAGCGUCGGCAGCCAGAACUACGACGGGGGCGCGGACUCGGAUUUCUCCUCAUUCUCCGACAACGACAACAUGUCCGACCAGGAGAUGGAUGUGGUCGACGGGGCCAGUGUGGGCAAAGACAAGUGCCCGCGGGCGCCUGGCAAGUCGCCGAGGGACGGUUGCAGGAGAAACAAUGCCAUCAGUGUCAAAAGCAGCCCAGACUCGCAGCAUGCCAUGCGGUGCCCGGUGGGUGUUUACGCGGCGCAGAGAUCUCCGAAAGCGGAGAGCCUCCCCCCGGCGAGGCGCGGUGCUAAGGCGAUGAGUAGUGUCUGUCAGUCGUCAGAGUAUCUGGCGAAGAGCCAGGAGAGGUUCCCCCGGCGAUGCUACGACGGGCCUCUCUCCGACGCACCUGUGCAGGACAACGGGGUCAUCAUGCGCAACAGGCGGUGGCUGGAGGAGGGGACCGGCCGACGCGCGGAGCCGCGUCAGACGCAGCGCGGUGCCGGCGGCAGCUGUGCUCCCCCCGGACCCCCGCCGCUGUUCUACCGGGGACCGGCCGGGGAGCACGCCAGCGCCAGCGCCACUGCCACCUCUCGGUGUGACACAACCAGGGGGAGUGACUCUGACAACUCUGACGAAGAUGAGAUCAACAUAACAAGUGAUGAUGACAGGGACAUGUGUGACAGUAAAACAGGCCCAGCAACUCACCCGAGCUCUGCCAGAGGCCUUCCGGCGAGAAGGAUGGCCCAGGAGCACAGCACUGCUGCGCCCAGGCCAGAAGAGUGUGUGUGCUACAUCUGUGGCACUGGGCUCAAACACGAUGAGCGUUUUCAAGUCAGUGUUCAGAAACAGGAGAGAGCGCAGGGUGAGCCCUUCUUCCCCUUCCUGUGGCUUCACUCCCCUCCCCGCGGUGCGGUACCCAUCAGUUUGGCAGGUACAACCCUGGUUUGUGGAAGCUGUCACAGCUCCCUCAUGCAGCAGUGGCAGAGCUUCCAGCUUGCAGAUGUGCCGGUCCUCCAGCGUCUCUAUGUGGUCCCCCUCAACCAGACCCCCGGUUCUGUCCGUCCUCCCCAGGAGGGGAAACCCCUAGAGCCCGUGGAGUACACACUCAAACCCAAGGCUUCCCACGAGGCCUGCUACCUCUGUGGUCAGGAGUGUGGAGGAGAUAUGAGAGUAGCAUAUGCACAGGCUGGUGUUGGCAAAUCCCGUGGUGUGAUGUAUUUUCCCUUCAUCAACAUGUUGCCUUGCCCACCUACCGCCCAGGGGCUGAUUGAUGGUCGUGUACACUGCUGCCCACAGUGCCAUUUAAUCCUGGAGGAGAUCUGGGGGGCCUAUCGACUCAGCCUCAGUGAAGACCUCAUCACGUCUGUCAGCUCCUUCCUGGUCAGGUACCACACUGCCGUGGCCAUCGAGGGGUCUGAACCAGCCCGUUCCCAGACAGGUGUGGCCUCUCGCCCUGGCAGCUCUGUGUCAGUGUGUUACCUGUGUGGAGCUGAGCUGUUUGCAGGGGGAGAAUACCAGCUGCAUGUCAACCCCCCUGGUCGCUGUGGGGAGAGGGAGCCUUUCUUCCCUUUUCUUACCGUCCACCCUCCCGCUCCCCGGGCCAAACCAGUUGACGCCACUGGCCUGGUGUCAGCUUGUAACCUCUGCUACCAUGACCUGCGUGCCCAGUGGUCCCUGCAUGAGAGCAGGGGCCAGGGGCCCUCCACCCCUUCUACCUCUAGCUUUCCCAGUGCCAACCCCCAGCUCCCCAGCUCACCCUGGGCCCGGCAGUACAGCUGUGAGGCUUUCGUUUGUUUCUUCUGCAGGCAGGAGCAGCGCAGGCAAGGUAGGCUAUGCGCUGUCACUAUGGCCAGGCUGCCUGUGUUCCUGUAUGCCCCUCGCAGCACACGCACACUCCUGGUGGAUGAUGGAAAGAGGCUGGUGAUUGGCUCAUGUGUGGAAUGUAAGGCCAUGGUGCAGGUGGGACAGAGAAUGCAACAGGAGAGGGACAGACUGGGACAUGGAUCCUCGGACGAGGAGAGGAGAGAACCAGAAUCAGCCUCGACACGCUCUCGACAUAAGGCUACUGCUCUGAUUCAGGGUUCGACUGGAACCAGUAAGGAGGUGGACCUGGCUGCGGGGCCUUCACAACCUGCAGGGGACCACACUCCUUCUCGCCAAGUGACCUUGGAGCCGGAGAAAACUGACCAAGCUGACCGCCCACUUCCCAGCAUGAGCCAUGAGCCAAAGUCACCAUCAUUAGGAAUGAUCUCCACGGCAACCCGUACCACGGCGACGGUCAGCCCCCUCACCCCGUCACCUCUCAACGGUUCUAUUGUAGCCAAUGGAAGCCCAGCUACGCAGUCUGCUCACUCUGGAUUCGCUGCAGCCCUCCGUAAACUGGCAAAACAGGCUGAAGAACCUCGAGCUGCCUCCUCCAUCAGCAGUGAGUCCUCUCCAGUGUCCUCCCCGGCCACCAACCACAGCUCUCCAGUCAGUACACCCAAAAGGGGCCCCCUCGGUCCAGGGCCUGUCCUGGUUCCCCCGGCGGGCCACAGCGUGCCAAACACUCCACCCGUAGUCACCAUUGCUCCAACAAAGACUAGCAACGGCCUCUGGAGGACCGAGGGACGCCAGACUGACUCAGGGCCUCGUGGGGCCAGCAGGGAACGUUUGGGUGCUGAGGGGACCCUCCCCCAGGAAAAGGGUGGCCCCUCUGUCCCUGCCCACCUCCUGGGAAACCCCUAUGCCUUUGGUCUCACCCCCGGUGCUGUCAUGCAGGAUUCACGUUUCCAGCCCCUCAAUCUCCCCAGACAGUUGACUAAUGCAAUGCCCCCCGGUGCUGUACCAGAAGAGUAUCUCCGUGGUUUCCGGCCCUAUGCCACGGCUGAGGAUGCCCUCCGUAUGCCCUCUUUGCCCAUGGGCCUGGACCCUGCCACUGCAGCCGCCGCAGCUGCCUAUUAUCACCCCAGCUACCUGCCCCAUCCCUCAUUCACACCAUACAGGAUGGACGACCCAUUCUGCCUUUCUGCUUUGAGGUCACCUUUCUAUCAGCUGCCAGCAGGGGGAGCUUUACCCCCCAUCCAUCCCUCUGCUGUUCACAUGCACCUACAAGGCGUCCGCUACCCUGGAGAUUUCACGCACCCUUCACUGUCAGCACUUCAGUCUGAGAGGCUUCAGCUGGAGGAUGAGCUGCGGCAAAGAGAGAGGGAGCGUGAACGAGAGCGUGAAAAGGAGAGGGAGCGCGAGGCAGAGAGAGAGAAAGAGCGGGAGAGAGAACGAGAGAGGGAGAGAGAGCGGGAGAAAGAGCUGGAGAGGGAGAGGGAGAGAGAGCGAGAGAGAGAAAGGGAGCGUGAGAGGGAACGGGAGAGGGAGAGAGAAAGAGAGAAGGAACUGGAGAGGCAGAAGGAGAGAGCGCUGAGGGAGAAGGAGCUACAGGCGUCCAAGGCCAUGGAGAGCCAUUAUCUGGCUGAGCUCCAUGCAAUUAGAGGGCAGGAAGACCGAACCAAGCCUGAGAGACUCACCCCCAAUCGGGCUGAUAAAACCAAAGAGCCCGCCCUUCCAGCUCCCAAACCAGUCCCACCAGGACUGCACUCUACAAUGGUCCAAUCACAUCAUCCCAUCCCUGGUUUAGUCUCAGGCCACGGUCUCUACUUGGGACCUGGUGCGUUGGGGACGGGGCUCCCGGCCUCAAUGAUGGGUCCGAGGAACAAUGAGGAGGAGAGGUGGUUGGCACGGCAACGCAAGCUGCGGCAGGAGAAAGAGGACCGUCAGUACCAGGUGUCUGAAUUCCGUCAGCAGGUUUUGGAGCAGCACUUGGACUUAGGCCGGCCGGGUGACGCACCAGAUCACAGGACAGACCCACACAGAUCUAUAACAAAUCACCAUGAACCAGGAAGCCGGGACCUCCACCCUCUCUUAGGCGCCCCUCCACCCCUCAUCUCCCCAAAACCCCCACAGCCACCACGUGAACACCACCACACGCCUCCCACCACCCUGUGGAACCCUGCAUCUCUUAUAGAAACAACCUCAGAUUCCAGACGUAGCCAUGAGCCCUCAGGGAUGGGACACUAUGACCUAAGUCGCCUGCCCCCGGGGCCCUUGAAAUUUGAGGAUGGAGCCCGAAGGAGAGAUGGGGCAUCAAUGGAAAAGUAUCCCCCUCUUAGAGGUCCUCCAGGCCUGACAGAGCCCAGCACAUUCCUUGCUGAUCUGGAGAAAUCCACCCAGUCCUUCUUCAGCCAGCAGAGGUCAUCACUGUCCCUGUCCAGCCAGUACGAGCUGGAGGGAGUUGUGAAAAGCAAUGCUGGACUAAAGAGCUUCCAGGGACACCACGGGCACAACAGACAUGGACAAGGGCCCGGAGUGAUUGCUGGGCCAGGGAUGGGACAGGUAGCUACACUGGGAAUGGGCCCAGACACGAUGCUCAUCUAUGAUGAGUACCUUCAGCAGCACCGAAGGCCAAUCAGCAAGCUGGACCUGGAGGAGAAGAGGAGAAGGGAGGCUAGGGAGAAAGGUUACUACUAUGAGCUGGAUGACUCAUAUGAUGAGAGUGAUGAGGAGGAGGUGAGAGCCCAUCUCAGGAGAGUAGCAGAGCAGCCCCCACUCAAACUGGAUGACUCCUCUGAGAAAUUGGACUUUCUGGGAGUGUUUGCCCUGACCACAGUGGGCCGGCGGGAUGAGCUGGUGCAGCAGAAGAGAAGGAAGAGGAGGAGGAUGCUCAGGGAGCGCAGCCCCUCUCCACCUGCUUUGCAAUCAAAACGCACUCCUCCUCCUCCUCCUCCUCAACUCAGCACGCGCUUCACCCCGGAGGACAUGGACCGAGCACCAGAGCUGGAGGACAAGAAGCGGUUCCUCACCAUGUUCAGACUGUCCCAUGUCACUGUGCAGCAGAGAAAAGAUAAUGAAAAGGUGGAGGAAAUGCUUCAGGCCAUUAAGGAAAAGAGUGUAACCCUGGAUACCAUCAGACAUGCCCCUCAUCCGCUGUGUAAGAGCCCUUCAGCACAGAUCUCUGAUUCUGCCUUUGCCCAGCCUCCCUCUGAAUCAGAGGACCACAACAAUGUCAGACCACAGAGCCCCUCCUCUCAUUGUCCAGCGUCCCCCAUUGGCCAUCCAAAACCCCUUGGGGAAACAUUAAGACCAAAGGAACCCCCUUCUCCAGCUGUCUACCCAGACAAGGCCCGGGGGCCCAGUGAAGCACCGAUCCCUAAGAGGAGCUCCAGUUUGCUGAACAGCUUGCGGCCCCCACUCCCCCAUCAGGCAAAGGAGGGCCUUCACAGCGUUAAUGGACGCACCAAACCCUGGGACAGCUUCACCCCGGAAGAAUUUGCCCAGCAGUUCCAUGAAUCUGUGCUUCAGUCCACUCAGAAGGCGCUGCAGAAACACAAAGGUGGAGCCACAGGGAUGUCAGAGUCGUCCCAACUCCAGGAGUCGUCUGUUCACUACAACAUUCCCGAGCUUCAGAGCAACCCAGGCCGACCACCGCCGGCGCAUUCACAGUCUCACUCAAAUGCACAUUCGUUUCCGCACCCGCUUGCACACUCUCACCCUCAGCCCAACGGGCAGCACUUCUCAGUACCGCUGCAACGGGAGGCCUCAGGGACGAGAGAGGACCUGUCUGGUCUAGAGGACUCCGAGGAAGAAGAGGAUGAGGAGGAAGAGGAGGGUCCUGCUUCCAAGUGGCAGGGGAUUGAAACUAUAUUUGAAGCUUAUCAGGAAUAUGUUGAAGAGCAAAGUCUUGAGCGACAAGUGUUGCAGAGCCAGUGUCGAAGACUAGAAGCUCAGAACUACAACCUCAGUCUGACUGCGGAGCAGCUGUCUCAUAGCAUGGGGGAGCUGAUGUCCCAGAGGCAGAAGCUAGCAGUGGAAAGGGAGAAGCUACAAGCAGAGCUGGAGCACUUCAGGAAGUGUUUGACAUUGCCACAGACACACUGGCCAAGAGGCGGUCAUUACAAGGGCUACCCUCCCAGGUGACCUGAUGGCUCCCAGGCCCUGGUCACCCCCCCUAUUCAGACUGAUACUCAGAGUUUAUUUUUUCAUAGCCUGGUCCAUGUGGCUCCACAGAGGAGAAUGUGGCAGGCUAGAUAAGAGGAAUGAAUGAAUGGAGUGAAUGGGUAGAUCAGUGCACGGGAGACGGGAACAUCCAGUGAAGGGCAGGUAGUCUUUGGAUUGUGGCCAGCCAGGGACUCCGCCACAAGCCACUAUCGUGUGCCAAUGUAGCCAAUCCUGAGAUGAGCGUGAGCAUAGGCCAGGAGCACCUGAAGAUCAACACAAACACACACAGGCACCUGUUUUUCACACAUUCUUCAGUCCCUGCUGCUCCAUUGUUCAGUCCCUGCAUCCCUCACUGCCACAUCCUCACAGACAAUCCUGCCAAUGAGGGAGCAGCUGCCCCAGGAGGGGCGCCGUCAAGAGACUUGAACGCUCCAAAUCUCCAAACGAAGGCUUCCGGCCCGUCGUGACUGAUUUUCAUCGCAGUGGCCACAUGAGCUUUUGAACUGGAAAUGCACUUAAGAAGUAAAGCUGAAGAACUACCUGGUGGUACUGAGUUACAACAAAGAACUGCUCAAAUUAGGGAAGAACUUAGAAAAUGCACAUUUUUUUUUUGGAAAGAAAUACGGAAAUGUUUUAUUUCGAAAUAGAAAAUUUCAGAAUAAGAAUUUUAAAAGGUUCUUCAGCCUUGUAUUGUAUAUAAUAUGAAGACUUAAAAGAAUUUUGUAUGUUUUUAUUACUUUAAUCAUUGUCCUUUUAAAAGAAAGCCUGCCAUUUUUAUAUGUUUAUGCUUUUUGGGUUGGAAAGAGAAAGCCUUGCUUUUAGUGUUUGUACUGCUGCUGGCCAGAACAGCUCAUUCUGAGACAUUUGACAGAGUGGGAGCAAACAGGAUACACUCCUCCUGGCACUGUGCAGCUGAGACCCAGCCACAGCCACCUCACCUGACCUCUGAGCUCAGCAAAGCUCACUCAGAGGUCCUGAGACAUGGCUCCUGCCCUUUCACCCCCCUUCACAGCAACAUGUCUGUUUGAAAAGCCCAUUUCAACUCCCUUCUGCCAGCCUCACGGCUGCUGGCAUGACUAGUUAGCUUGUGAUAUUCUCAUAGAGAAAUCCCUUGAGCCACUGACAUGUUUUUAUUUUUCUUUCUUGGGUCACUUCACUCACUCGUUGAGUUUUUUUCAAAGACAUGAAGAGUCUCUUAAGCAGCUGGCUGAUGAAACUGGUUCUUGAUGCUUUCUCCUACCAUUGGACCUUCACCCCACUUUGUUUGACAUCAUGUAGCAUUGGACUCAAAACACCAUGCCGGUUUGCUUUAAUGUAACGCCUUAUAAGAUCAAGCCCUUGACAGCAUUUACAAGAGGAUACAGUGCCAAAAUGAAAGACGAACGGUAGCAUCUUGGACUCUUGAUUUUAAACUGAGUUGAUAUUAGGUAGCCAAACAUUCAAACCAGGAUGGCCAACCUCCACAUCUAUAUACCUUUGACCCCCACUCCUCUCCUUCCUGCAUUUUCCCAUUUUUUUAGGACCCUUGCUACCCAAAGUUGCCAACAAGUUAUAAAUAAGACUGGGAAUCCAUACAAAGUUAAUUCAAACUGAGUAUAUCCUAGGGCAAAUAAAUUCAGAAAGGUUUCCUUUACCAGAUCUCAAACCUGUUUACAACCUGCUUGCCCUCCUCCUCGUCAGCACUGCCCUGAGAUUCUGACUGUUUUACACUGACUCUCUAUCCUAUAACUCACAUUGCCUCAGCCUUAUGGUUGUAUGUGCAAUUGGAGACCCAUCUGCACUGGGUAUAGAUUGUUGUAUUGAUUUUUGGUGGUGGGAGCAGUGAUUUCAGUAUUUCAAAGUAAAAGAAUAGGCUUUGAAAACCUGCAUAAAAUUAAUUGUUACAAAAGACACAAAAGACAUUUGAAGCACAAAUAUGUAAAGUAUAUGACUUACAAGUGCCUCAAGAAUUUGGGAGCAUGUGAAUGAAUUCAGUCCACAUGAUGGACAUUCUACACAUAACAUUAAAGAUGGGGGACAUUUUAUUUUGAAGUGUCUCCUUUCAGAUAUGUGCAAAUCAGGAAUGGGCACAGAAUUACUUUAUCUAUAAGCAUCUCCAAGAAACCAUUGAACCAUCAGCUCUUUUUAAUAAGAGGCCUGAGCCAGUUCCGAGGACCCGAGGGAUACAGUAUAGUCUGUCAUGUUCACAGAAGGACAGAGCCAAGAGCGCAGCCUUAGUAAAUGAAGGAGCACGCAUGCUGAGGGAAGCAGCCAAUCAGCUGGGGAAGAGGGUGUCGUACAUUAAGCCCCCCUACCCAGCAUCCCUGUGUCUCCAACCCGCGCACGCCCAUGCAAUAGCCCCAUUACUCAGUGGAGGAUGUCUAGAUGCUGUGAAAUCCUGUUUUUAAAAUGUACUUGUUUGAAUUCAUUGUAAUGUAAUAUAUUCUUUGUUGAAUGUAGUAAUUAGGUAUUUAUGAAUAUAUGGCUGUGAUUUCAGACAAAAAAGAAAAUAAAAUAUUUCAAAAAUGUUAAA